CUGCUCUGUAGCUCAUCCUUUCCUGUCGAUCGACUUCUACUCUCCAGUGAAAUUUCAAGCUCUCUCCCGCCCAUUCUGACUGCUUUCCACAAGGCCCCAGGGAAACCUUGGCCUUCCUUUUACAUCCCGUCCAGUUCCUGCCGUUUUCCCCGGCGAAAGUUCUGGCCUCUUCCACACCGCAGGCUUGGAAUGUGCUGUUUGCUCCAGCUCCGAGUGCAGCUGAAUUGAUACGGAAUGUGAACCGGAUGGUUAGAGGGAGCGGAGGCGGGGGAAGUAACAGGAUGAAAGCAUCGUCCUAUAAUGCCUGAAGUCAGGGAUUUUCACGAAACUUUGCUGGACAUGCCCAUGGAUCCGAUCACAGGCGUGGGAGUCGCUGCUUCUCGCUAUCAGGCACCCUCCAGUUACGAUGUCAUUUCUCACACAGCAGAUGGCUUGGAUGCUGACCUUUGGAAGGACGGCAUAUUUAAAUCCAAGGUCACACGGUAUCUCUGUUUUACGAGAUCAUUUUCGAAGGAGAAUAGCCAUUUAGGGAAUGUGCUGGUGGAUAUGAAACUGAUCGAUUUAAAGGACACUUUACCAGUGGGUUUCAUUCCUAUCCAGGAGACGAUGGACACACAGGAAUCAGCAUUUAGGAAGAAACGUUUGUGCAUCAAGUUUAUUCCUCGAGACUCGACUGAAGCCGCCAUUUGCGAUGUAAAAAUCUAUGGGAAAUCAAGACAAGCUCCCCCUCAGUACACCUUCAUAGGGGAACUGAACAAUAUGGGGAUCUGGUACAGAAUGGGAAAGGUUCCCAAGAUACAGGAGCAGUCCGAGCCAACUAUGACGACAUCCGUGGCAGUGUCAUCCUCGCCAAGUCCCGUACCGAAUCUUCCCAGGCACAUAUCCUUGACACUUCCUGCUAGCUUCCGCGGAAAGACAAACGGCACAAGACCUGACUUCGAACAUCAGACUUCCAACCUGUACGCCAUAUCAGCAAUGGAUGGUGUACCUUUCACGAUUUCAGAGAAGUUUGCCAGUGCUCUCGACGCUGUACAACCCAUCGACUUAAUGAGCAUCACGAUCAAGUCGUUGGCCGAAAUAGAGAAAGAAUACGACUACAGCUUCCGAACGGAACAGAGUGCCGCUGCCCACCUCCCUCCCAGUCCCAACAAAGCCAGCCUGCUGCCGUCGUCCUGAACACACGCGUGAGCGCACGUGCGGCCACCAACGCUUGUCGUAAAGUGAGUGGGGGGGUGCCGAGCGACCACCGGAACAGGCACCGUCACAGCAAGCAGCGUCGCUGGGAGAUUUUGUUCCUUUUACCUUCUACUGAAAUGGCUCCCAUAUACUCAAUGGGACAGAACGUGAUUUCCCAUAGCCAGCAACCUGCCUACAACUUAACAUAGAGCAGUAGGACUUUUGUACGUGGAGCUGUCUUUUUUUUCCCCUUUUCUCUUAUCGCUGUGCGUUUCGAUGUGGUCUCCAGUUGCCGGUCUCUCAGCCUCCUGUGUUUUGGUUUGUUUACCAUUUGUAACAAGUAUAAAAUCCGAGGCUGGAUGCCAUUAUUUUUUUUCUUCUUCGCUCUUAUUCCUCGAACCAGUUUGAGCCAUUGCUUUCCUUCUGUCAAAGUGAUUUGCACAAGUCAAAAUUCACACCAGCAACUCUUUUUUGGGGUGGAGAGGGGGUGGAUGGGCUCCUCUAUUCCCGCUCCGCUCCCCCCUCUCUUUCCCCCCCCCACCCCUUGUUCUCUCCUACUGACAUUUAUACAGCGUUUCAGCUCGGAGACAUUCAAGCCAUUUGUACUAAUGUUUUUGUACUAAACUAAGCCAUUUUUAUCGAAAGGGAGGGAUUAGACUGUUGUGUGGUGUAAAGGGGAAGGAAGGGUAGAUUUCGAACGAUCAUGUUACAUUUGUGGUGUUUUUUUUUACUUUUCUUGUUCCAAAUUAGUCGAGAGUCACAAAGAGAGAAUCAACGCUGUUUGAACUGCAGAAUUGCUGAAGUGGACAUUACAGUUUUAUUCAGAUCAAGGAUUAUGUGUUUUAGGAUGGGGGGAGAAGGGGGUCUUAAGACCUUCUGCACUCUGCACUGCCAGAGACAAAAGGACAUUUUUGUGCAGAAGUGAUUUUAUGUAGCGCUUUAUUCCGAGUUUCUCUCUAUAAUUGGUUUUCUGUUGGGUCUGGAUGUCCCAGAGAGAAAAAAAAACAUGAGAGAAUGUUACUCUGUUGGAAUUUGAGAAUUAUUUCUGCAUGUGUGUUGUAAAAAAAUAAUAGACGUGCUACGUCUUGAAGUCUUGGAGAGAAGACAGUUAGCUGGACGGCUGUAGGCGAAGGCAGCGAUGAUGGGAGCUCCUACCCUCGGUGAUCCUCUGUUACGGGAACAACACUUCGCUGCUGACUGUUGAUGCAGUAUUUCCCCCCUGAAAGCUGCUCUGUCGCCCCGAGAUGUGUGUCAGUCUGUAAAAUGCACUGAGCUGCUUUGCACUGCAUUUUAAGCGUUUGGGCUCCUUUUUAUUGAUGGACUGACUGUCUGACUUUUUUCUUGUUGUCGCUGUCUGUGUGUUAGUUUGUUUGUUUCAGAUAAUCUUACCCAUUGUGUUUUUCUUUCCAACUCGCCCUGUAGCUUGGACUAGUGUUCCUCAAUCCCCUUUGCUCUUGUCGUUGUGGUUGUUUCUCUGAAAUUGUGCGACACUGUAAAAGCUCUCAUUGAGCCCCUUAAUCGCAGCUUCAACCACUGCCAUGUGUCCCCAGCCUUACAUCAGUCAGUGAGACCGACUGCAACAGCCUCCCCUGGGGUAUGGAGUUGUGUUUACAGUGAGUGAGCCCUGCACUGUGAGGAGCCAACUAUCAGUACUGUAUUUGCACCAAACUCAGAAACCUAACGCUUUAUACCAACAGCAGCUGAUUUAAUACGUGAGCAGAUUUGAUAAGUGAUAAUGCACAGACUCUGUGUAAAUAAAACUUUUAAUAUAACUUUAUUUCCAUUAGCAGAACCAAUUAGUGGCUAUUGCAAUGUAGGGUUUGGACUGUCAGGGUCAGAGACGCCAAUGUUUAGGAUUGCACAUUGUGGUUGGUUGCUGAGCCAGUUUAUAGAGUAGUUAUUACCCUGUGUGUGUGUGUGUGUGUGUGUGUCGCUGUCCGAACUGAACAAAAAAAGUGCUUUGAAGGGUUUUGGAACGGCCGAUCUCCUAGCUUCCCCCGGGAAUCGGACGCUGCUUCCCCCCUCGGCUCAAAGCCCACCCAACAGGAAGGCCGCUGAAGCUCAGUGCGCUCCCAAAGCAGAGUGCCCACAGGUCAGUGGGAUGCACUUCAGCUACUGUCGGGAGUCACUAUUUGAGAUACCCAUUGUGAUCCCCCACCACCUGUCUCUUUUUCCCCCCUCCCUCCCUCCCCUCGUGACUCCUGGUGCUACCUACACGUGCUUCACCACAAGAGCAUCUGCCUCGAGAAAUUCUGUGUUCUCGAACUGAGGUAGACUGAAUGGUAAACGGUCCAGCGGCCAUGAUAGCAAGGUGUUUCUGUAGAAAGAGCAGCGGACUGGAGUGUGAGCCUCGGGGUGGGGGGAUGGGGCGAGGUGGGGAGGGCUGGGGAGGGGCGGGAGAGGAGGUGAUAGAGAGCAAAGCAUUGAGAAUGUCACUAACCACUGAUGUAGUAUUUUGUCCUAAGUGGUCGGAACGUGGUAACAUUUCAAUUAUAAGCUGUAGAACGUCGAACAAGAUGUCGGCAUCUUACUUGUAGAGGGAGCGAAUGACAUUAAGUUGUAACUUACCCAGCUCCACGUGAGGUUAGUCGUUCGUGUCUUGAUUUUAUUUUAAAAUUGUCGAGAGAUUGAAACCAUUGUUGCUGGAUUCUGUAGAAUUGUAAUUUUCCUGUAUUUAUUGUAGACUUGGUUCCUGUAUUUACAAAAGGGAAGUUUACAAUGCCGGGUUCAUUGAGUCUGUAUUAAUUAUGUAACUUGUUGAAUAAAGUAACACUUGUUUUAACUGA